UUUAGCUCCUGUUGAUGUGUUUCUGUCUAUCUGGUGGGAACCUGGAGGAGAACACAUAUUGUCACUGUUUGCCCAACCCUCAGGUUCAUUCGGUUUACUUCCUUCUCUUUGCAACGUGUCCCUUUCUACAACUUCCUUACUCUGCCAAUCACCUUGAGAGGCAGCUCCCGGUAACCAGGCAGGAGGCAGUGCAAAGGUCCAGGGCUGCUUCAAAAGGGCUUUGGAAGUGAAACCGGGCAUUCAGCUCACUGUGAGUCAGUUUGCUUGGGGGAGAAAAACAGCAUAUGGUCAACAUGGCUCAAAGGCAGAUCCUGAAUCAGGAACUCUCCAAGCUUUUCAAUGAGCUCUGGGAUGCUGAUGUGAACCGCUUUGUGCCUGGAAAAGACUAUACCAUUUCCUUACAGGGGAAAGCUGGCUAUGUACCGCAGGGCAGUAAUGCGGCCAGAGACAGCGCUUCUGAACCGUUGUUUUGCAGCGUAAAUGAGCAACGUCUGAAGAACACGGAAACUUAUUCAACCUUUAUUUCCCUUUUGGACAACUACGAGACAUCAACUGGUAUGGCAGAGCUGGUGACGGCAGAGGAAAUAGCUGAAAAUAACCGCUUUCUCGAUGCAGUGUUAGAAACUGAAGUGAUGAAACUUACCCAUCAAUAUUUAGUUAAAAAAACCUGGACUAAACCAGAUCUGAAGGAUUUCAAGUCUCAGCUCUAUGCCAUUUGGUUUCACCUCUACUCCAGGGAUGGAGGAAAAGGACCUGACUCUUGCGGAUUUGAACAUGUAUUUGUUGGGGAAACUAAGCGAGGUAAAGAGAUCCUGGGACUGCAUAACUGGGUGCAGUUUUACCUUCAAGAAAAACUUAGGCACAUUGACUACAAGGGCUAUGUAGCCAGGAAGAACAAAAACAGGCCUGAUGAGGACGACCAGGUUUUAAGCCUUCAGUUCAGCUGGAAGGGGCUCGUGAAGCCUGUGGGCAGCAGCUUCAUUGGCGUCAGCCCCGAGUUCGAGUUUGCCCUUUAUACUGUGAUUUUUCUGCAAGCAAAUGAAAGAGUGACGCGCCAGAGGGUGAGAAUAGAGGAAUACGAACUGGAGAUUGUCGUUUACCGCCACAGGCAGCACAUAGGAACAGCCUAUCCCGUCCUCCUCAGCAGCGACAAUGAAGAUUUGUACUGAUGACCUCGAUUUUGAAGAGAAAAUUAUUUUUAAAUUGCCAUGUGAGAAUUUAAAGUUGUUUUCGCUUCAUUGUAUGUUAUAUUUAGAAUGGUAUGUUAAAAAAAAAUACAGCUUUUUUUUUUUUACCUCAGGGGUAUUUUUAUCUGUCUCUUUAGGAUUUCAAAACUUUGCCUAUGUGAAGAAUUUGUACUGAAAUGAUUCUACAGUUCACGGUUUCAAAGCUAUGUGUUUAACUGGCCUUCUGUGUUUCUCCUCUAGCCUUUAGGCAAAAGCUCUCUUGCCCAAUCUCUCCCUUCUCUGACUGCACAGCUUCUCAUGCCCCCCCCGGCCUCUGGGGAAUUUCCCCAUCUCUUGCUGCCCCCCCAAUAUUUACAACAAGAUCUGCUCCCUCAGUUGUGUGUUGCCGAAUUGCCUCAUGAAUCCCAGUCUUUAGAAAAGCUGCUUGGUUCAUAGUCCUGUUAACGCCACUUUGUAUUUUGAGGAAAGUAAUGUUUGAAAACACAAGGCAUCUCCCACUGCAGCUUAUACCAUUUUCCUGAAGUUUCCCUAACUCUUAUUUUGCACAUUACAUGUGAGCUUUCACAUGACAUAAAAGCCACUUCUGGAAUGUAUUGGACUAUAGUGCAAGUGGUCAUUUCCCUAUUAGUUUUGCACUGCAAUUUCCCCUCCUUUUCCAGGGGUUCACAACACAGGCUGUGAGGCGGCACACUGGCCUCACACCUUUUUUCAUAGAAAAGAUAAAACCUGCAAGGACAGCGGGAUGUCAAGUCAGAGGGACAGUGCGAAGGAAUGAUGUGUGCGAAUGGCAUCUAGUGUGGUGACCUUUCUCCAAAACAAGGAAGCAUCAAGAAACAAGUCUGGUAGCAGCCAAAUUCUUCCAGGGCCUGGUGGGUGGGCAAGCAGCGGGAGCCAAUGGUUUUAUAGCUUAUAAAUUAAAACACACAAACAACAAACGAACAAAAACUCAAUUCCGUUCAUUAAACCAUCUGAAAAACUCUAUUAUAAAAUGGCUUUGAACAUUCUUUUUUAUUGUGAACUAAACGCUACAGCACAAUUCUACACAGUUCCUUUAGUCAAUUAUAUCAACCAAUCCUAAAGGAAGAGGUA